CAUGUGAACUUCACUCAGGAAGAGUGGGCUUUGCUGAAUCCUUCUCAGAAGAGCCUCUACAAAGAUGUGAUGCUGGAGACCUAUAGGAAUCUUGCUGCUAUAGGCUACAUUUGGGAAGACCAUAAUCUUGAAGAACGUUUUCAAAGUUCUAGAAGACAUCGAAGGCAUGAAAGAAUUCAUACUGAAGAACAAUCCUCUGAGUUUAUUCAAUGUGGUAAAGCCUUUGCAUUUCAGAGUCAUAACCAAAGACAUGGAAGAAUUCAUACUGAAGAACCCUAUGAAGGUGUCCAACAUUGUGAAGACUUUACACAUCACAGUAGUCGCAAAAUACAUAAAACAACACUUGUUGGAGAGAAAACCUAUGAAUGUAACCAGUGUGGUAAAGACUUUGUAUCUCACAUUUCUCUUCAGAGGCAUAAAAGAGUUCAUAAAGGAGAGAAACCGUAUGAAUGCAAUCAAUGUGGUAAAGCUUUCGCAUGUCAAGGUGGACUCCAAAUGCAUAAACGAAUACAUACAGGAGAGGAAACUCAUGAGUACAAUCAAAGUGGUAAAGCCCUUGGAUGUCAAAGUGAACUACGAUAUCAUAAAAGAACACAUACAGGAGAGAAACUUUAUGAAUGUAAUCAAUGUGGUAAAACCUUUGUAUAUCACAGUUCUCUUCAAAAACAUAACAGAACACAUACUGGAGAGAAACCCUUUGAAUGUAACCAAUGUGGUAAAGCCUUUGCAGGACACAGUCAUCUCCUAAGACAUAAAAGAGUACAUACUGGUGAGAAACCCUACGUGUGUAACCAAUGUGGUAAAGACUUUGCACGGCACAGUUCUCUUCAAAGGCAUAAAAGAAUUCAUACAGGAGAGAAACCUUAUGAAUGUAAUCAAUGUGGUAAAGGAUUUGCAUGUCAAAGUGGUCUCCGAAUACAUAAACGAACACAUACAGGAGAGAAACCCUAUAAGUGCAAUCAAUGUGAUAAAGCCUUUGCAUGUCAAAGUGGUCUCCUGUAUCAUAAGAGAACACAUACUGGAGAGAAACCCUAUGAAUGUAAGGAAUGUGGCAAGGCCUUCAUACAUCACAGUCAUUUUCAAAUACAUAAAAGAACACAUACUGGAGAGAAACCCUUUGAAUGUGACCAAUGUGGUAAAGCCUUUGCACGAAACAGUCAUCUCCUAACACAUAAAAGAGUCCACACUGGAGAGAAACCUUAUGUAUGAAAGCAAUGAGUUAAAGACUUUGCACAGUAGUCUCCAAGUGGAUAAAAGAUCACUUAACCGGAAAGAAACCCUAUUAAUGUAAUCAAUGUGGCAAAGCCUUUUCAUGUCAAACUGGUCUCUUGUAUCAUAAAAGAACACAUACAGAAGGCAAGUCCUAUGAAUGUAAUCAAUGUGGUAAAGCCUUUCCAAAUCACU